AUGUUGACAAUCCCACUAACCCUCGAUUCUGAGACGAUCCCAGCAGAGGAACCACGUAUGCCACCGAUUCUUGCUUACAAAGGUACUAACUGGAAUCUCUGGAUCGAGAGCAUCGAACAGCAUGCACGAUGGAGAGGUGUAUGGCCGUACUGCAACCCCAGCCUUGCAGAUCAGGUUUACCCUGAGAUAGAGGAGCCCAGACUACCGCCCACACUCCAAGCGCGCCCCGGGGCAGCAGAUUGGAAGGACUUCGGAGCCGAGCACUUCGCUGAACUUUCUAUGUGCCUGGAGAGGUAUCACCAGGAAUAUCGUUGUUGGGCGACGAUCCAGGUUGGUCUUCGGGAGAUGUCGAACCUCAUCCGAUCCCAUAUCGACUGUUACCUGCAGUAUAUGAUUCAGGAGUAUCCUCCGGGAGAAGAGCCAGAUGCCUCGAUUCACCCGAGAGAACUGCUGGCUUCCCUGAUUGACAUGCGUCGGUCCUCUUGUAUACAAGACUUGGAGCCGGUGUGGGACAAGGUUUUGACGCUAGCUAGCAACCCGGCCUUGCAUGAGUUUUUCGAAACGUGGGGAAUCUUUAUUGAGAGAUGUUCUGAGUUUGUGAGUGAUGAGAUCGAUUGGAAUGAUGAUGUGCUUCGUGAUGUUUUAAGGAAAACAGCGGGUCGACGAUGGUGUCGCAUGUCUCUUAGCGAGCAGCCCUGGUUCAAGGAAUGUCAGUUCCCACAUUUCUCUGAGCAAGAAGAAGAAUAA